ACGGACCAGCAGGACAGACCGACCGGGGGCCCGGCGGGCGGAGGGCAGCGCAGCGCAGCCACGUCCCCCCUGGAUCCGCCGGCAGCCGGGCCCGGGGCUUCCGACAUGCCCCCCAGGAGAGUGUGCUGGGCAGACGAUGCUGGACACGAUGGAGGCGCCGGGCCACUCGAGGCAGCUGCUGCUGCAGCUCAACAACCAGCGCACCAAGGGCUUCUUGUGCGACGUGAUCAUCGUGGUGCAGAACGCCCUCUUCCGCGCACACAAGAACGUGCUGGCGGCCAGCAGCGCCUACCUCAAGUCCCUGGUGGUGCAUGACAACCUGCUCAACCUGGACCAUGACAUGGUGAGCCCGGCGGUGUUCCGUCUGGUGCUGGACUUCAUCUACACCGGCCGCCUGGCUGAUGGCGCGGAGGCGGCGGCGGCAGCGGCCGUGGCCCCGGGGGCCGAGCCGAGCCUGGGCGCCGUGCUGGCCGCCGCCAGCUACCUGCAGAUCCCCGACCUCGUGGCGCUGUGCAAGAAGCGCCUCAAGCGCCACGGCAAGUACUGCCACCUGCGGGGCGGCGGCGGCGGCGGCGGCGGCUAUGCCCCCUACGGGCGGCCGGGCCGUGGCCUUCGGGCCGCCACGCCCGUCAUCCAGGCCUGCUAUUCGUCCCCAGCCGGGCCUCCGCCGCCGCCCGCCGCCGAGCCGUCUUCGGGCCCCGAGGCCGCAGUGAACACGCACUGCGCGGAGCUGUACGCCUCGGGUCCCGGGCCGGCCUCGGCGCUCUGCGCCCCGGAGCGCCGCUGCUCCCCGCUCUGCGGCCUGGACUUGUCCAAGAAAAGCCCGCCGGGCUCCGCGCCUCCAGAGCGGCCGCCGGGCGAGCGCGAACUGCCCCCGCGCCCAGACAGUCCUCCCAGUGCCGGCCCUGCAGCCUACAAGGAGCCACCGCUCGCCCUGCCACCGCUGCCGCCGCUGCCCUUCCAGAAGCUGGAGGAGGCUGUACCGCCUCCGGACCCGUUCCGUGGCGGCGGCGGCAGCCCGGGACCCGAGCCCCCCGGCCGCCCCGACGGGCCCAGCCUUCUCUACCGCUGGAUGAAGCACGAGCCAGGCCUGGGCAGCUACGGCGACGAGCUGGGCCGGGAGCGCGGCUCCCCCAGCGAGCGCUGCGAGGAGCGCGGCGGGGACCCGGCCGCUUCGCCCGGGGUGCCCCCACUGGGCCUGGCGCCGCCGCGCUACCAGGGCAGCCUGGACGGGCCAGGCGCGGGCGGCGACGGCGACGACUACAAGAGCAGCAGCGAGGAGACGGGCAGCAGCGAGGACCCCAGCCCGCCCGGCGGCCACCUCGAGGGCUACCCGUGCCCGCACCUGGCUUAUGGCGAGCCUGAGAGCUUCGGCGACAACCUGUACGUGUGCAUUCCGUGCGGCAAGGGCUUCCCCAGCUCGGAGCAGCUGAACGCGCACGUGGAAGCUCACGUGGAGGAGGAGGAGGCGCUGUAUGGCAGGGCCGAGGCGGCUGAGGUAGCGGCGGGGGCCGCCGGCUUGGGGCCCCCUUUUGGAGGCAGUGGGGACAAGGUCGCUGGGGCUCCGGGCGGCCUGGGCGAGCUGCUGCGGCCGUACCGCUGCGCGUCGUGCGACAAGAGCUACAAGGACCCGGCCACGCUGCGGCAGCACGAGAAGACGCACUGGCUGACCCGGCCCUAUCCUUGCACCAUCUGCGGGAAGAAGUUCACGCAGCGCGGGACCAUGACGCGCCACAUGCGAAGCCACCUGGGCCUCAAACCCUUCGCGUGCGACGCGUGCGGCAUGCGCUUCACGCGCCAGUACCGCCUGACCGAGCACAUGCGCAUCCACUCGGGCGAGAAGCCCUACGAGUGCCAGGUGUGCGGCGGCAAGUUCGCACAGCAACGCAACCUCAUCAGCCACAUGAAGAUGCAUGCCGUGGGUGGCGCGGCAGGCGCAGCCGGGGCGCUGGCGGGCCUGGGGGGGCUACCCGGCGUCCCCGGCCCCGACGGCAAGGGCAAGCUCGACUUCCCCGAGGGCGUCUUUGCUGUGGCCCGCCUCACGGCUGAACAGCUGAGCCUGAAGCAGCAGGACAAGGCAGCCGCGGCCGAGCUGCUGGCGCAGACCACGCACUUCCUGCACGACCCCAAGGUGGCGCUGGAGAGCCUCUACCCGCUGGCCAAGUUCACCGCGGAGCUGGGCCUCAGCCCGGACAAGGCGGCCGAGGUGCUGAGCCAGGGAGCGCACCUGGCCGCGGGACCGGACGGCCGGACCAUCGACCGUUUUUCCCCGACCUAGAGCGCCUCUUGCCGGCCCGACUUGUCGCCGCCGCGUGGCCCCGGCCCGUGUCCGCAGGGAGCGGCGGUGGCGGCAGCCGCGAGCAGGCACACCGCGCACGGACAACUGUAGUAGCAUCGGCAGCGUCGCCGCGGUGGCGGCGGCCCCACCUGGCCUCACUGCUUUGUGCCUU